CAGAAAUGCCCUUGGUGUGUUUGACAGACUUUGAGGCCCAUGCACGGGAGCAGCUGUCUAAGUCAACCUGGGAUUUUAUUGAAGGAGGAGCUGAUGACUGCCUCACGCGGGAUGACAACAUCGCAGCAUUUAAAAAAAUCCGCCUCCGUCCCCGGUACCUGAAAGAUGUGUCGAAGGUGGACACGCGGACCACAAUCCAAGGGGAGGAGAUCAGCACCCCCAUUUGCAUCGCACCCACGGGUUUCCACUGCCUCGCCUGGCCUGAUGGAGAAAUGAGCACAGCCAGAGCUGCGCAAGCAGCCGGUAUCUGCUACAUCACCAGCACGUAUGCCAGCUGUAGCCUUGAAGACAUUGUUGCCACUGCCCCCGGGGGCCUGCGAUGGUUCCAACUGUAUGUGCACCCAAACAGGCAGCUAAACAAACAGCUGAUCCAAAAGGUAGAAUCCCUGGGUUUCAAAGCUCUGGUAAUCACUGUGGAUGUACCCAAAAUUGGCAACAGACGACACAACAUUACAAACCAAGUGAACUUGAUGAAGAACUUACUGCUAAAAGAUCUCGGAUCACCUGAGAAGGGAAAUUUAAUGCCUUAUCUCCAGAUGUCCCCCAUUGACUCAUCCAUCUGCUGGGAUGAUCUCUCCUGGUUUCAGAGCAUGACUCGAUUGCCCAUCAUCCUUAAGGGGAUCUUGACAAAAGAGGAUGCAGAGUUAGCUGUGAAGCACAAUGUCCAUGGCAUCAUUGUUUCCAACCACGGUGGGAGGCAGCUUGAUGAGGUUCCUGCUUCUAUCGAUGCCUUGACAGAAGUGGUGGCUGCUGUGAAAGGGAAAAUUGAAGUGUACCUGGAUGGUGGCAUCCGAACCGGCAAUGAUGUGCUGAAAGCUCUGGCCCUCGGGGCUAAAUGUGUUUUUCUGGGGAGACCCAUCCUAUGGGGUCUUGCCUACAAGGGUGAACAUGGUGUUGAGGAAGUUUUGAACAUUUUAAAAAAUGAAUUCCACACUUCCAUGACCCUGACAGGCUGCCGGUCGGUUGCCGAGAUCAGUCGGGACCUGAUCCAGUUCUCCAGGAUGUAGAGAAAGA